UGUCUAUUUUGGGACCGACUUUCCUGAACGACAUGACAAGACUGUGCGGCCAUAUUUUUACGUUGUGCAGCGACUUUGCCCGGCUGGAUUUAUAAUUUUAUGGUGAAUAUUUCACGAAGAAAACAACGAGUAAGAGGAGCUGAGGAUAAUACUGAGAUGUUUCGAAGGAGUAGGUGGGCAGGUGGGGCCCUUUUGGUCGCAUUAUUCGCCCUAAGUGGGGUGAAUUGUUUAGAAGACACACCUAAUACCAAGCCGUACUUCCCGGAGAAGAUCUACCACGGCGAGGUCAACAAGACCACCGGGGUCGUCACCAUCCACCCGCAGCUGGUAGCGCGCGACGAUGACGCGGGACCCGACGGCGAGAUCGCCGGCUACCGCCUCUACCCGGACGUCGACGUGCCGUUCGCCGUGACGUUAGGCGAGCACGGCGAGGCGGUGCUGAGGGCGACAGACACGCAGGAGCUGGGAUGUGAGAAGAGCCAAGCUGGCUGGCAGUUCAGCAUCCAGGCCCUGGAUGGCGGCAUGCCACAGAAAACAUCACAUAGGACGGAAGUCCACAUUGUCGUCAACGACAGCAACGACAGCCCACCGCGCUUUGUCCAGAGCAGCUACACGGCCACCGUGUCGGAGGGCGUGAUAGAAGACAACGUCCUGACGGUAGAGGCCAAGGACAGCGACUGCUCCGCUGCGUUCUCUACAAUAUGCCAGUACGAGAUCACUACGCGUGACGGGGCCACUGUUCCCUUUGCCAUCGGCUUUGACGGGCGCAUUUCAACCACCAAGGCCCUUGACGGUGACACCGAGUCACGCUACCUCUUCAACGUCGUUGCGUAUGACUGCGGCGGCCGGAGCAGCGAGCCGGUUCCCGUCACCAUCACUGUCAGCACACUAUGCUCUCCAGGAUGGAAAGGCGUAGCAAGACGCAUCGAGUAUACCCCAGCCUCCGGGAUGCAGCCCCUGGCUCCCAUGAUGCACCUGGAGACGUGCACCCAGCCCAACUGCACCACCAGCGAGGUCAUCACCACGGUCAAGCUCCAGACCCGACACAUCGGCUUUGGCUGCGAUCGCGAGACCUACUCGUCCGAGUCGCAGCGCAAACUCUGUGGAUCACCGUCGGGCAGUUUUGACCUCCUGCCCUCCCCCGGCAUGGGCCAGAAGUGGACCGAGGACCUGCUGACCGACGAGGGACACGACAGCGAGCAGAUCUACGAGUUUGACGGCGAGGAGAGCGCGGUCAUCAUCCCGGAGAAGUACGCCCCAACCAACCUGACCAACCGCUUCAGCGUCUCCUUCUGGAUGAAGCACGGCGAGACGGAGGGACUGAACAAGGAGCACAUCAUGUGCAGCUCGGACAGCGAGGGUCUGAACCGUCACCACUACGCCAUCUUCAUCCACAACUGUCGUCUGGUCCUGCUGCUGCGGCACCAAGACGAGGGGAAGAGCGACGCUUUCUUCCCCACGGAGUUCCGCUGGAAGCUGGACGAGGUCUGCGACAAGCAGUGGCAUCGCUACACCUUCAACAUUGAUUUCCCUUCGGUGAUGCUGUACAUUGACGGUGAGCUCCAUCAGACCAAGAUGAUCUCGGACGAUUGGCCGCUGCACCACAGCAACUACCCAGUAGCGCUGACCAUCGGUGCAUGCUAUGAUGACUUUGAUACUGAUGCCCGCGCAGGUGGCAAGGGUCGCUUUAGCGGCCACUUCCAAGGUUACCUGGCCGGUCUGAGCGUGCUCCCCGGCCACGUGGAGACGGAGUCCACCAUCGAGUGCAUGUACAGCUGCAAGGAAGGGCUGAGCAUAGCGGCGGACGACCUGGCCGCAGACAGGAUCCAGUUCAACGCCAUGAAGACAGAGCUGGUCAUCAAGGGUGAUCUGAACGAUGCCUCUCAGCUUCUCCGCCGCGUCUCCUACUUCAACUCCCGCAAGUUCCCCACCCCUGGACAGAGGGCGCUCACUAUCAAGACCAUUACCAUAUGCGAUGGUAUCCCCAUGCCCAUGACCGACGUGUCAGCCUAUGUGAUGGUGGUACAGCCAGCGGAACCUACCAUUACCAUCGAGGGGCCCAGCCAGAUGGCCCAGGAGGGGCACGAGAUCGAGGCCGGCAUCCGCCCGUUCGCAUCCAUCAGCAUCGUCAGUACGAUGUCCGAGGAUCAAGAAGAAGAAGAAGAGGCUGCCCUGGAAGAGAUUGGCAAGAAGCCAGACGUGCCCCUGACCGUCUCUCACCGCCUGGACUCCUGCAACAUCACCACAGGGACCUAUCUCACUAGCGAUGAGUCCUUCACCGUCCCUGCCGAGCUGCUGGCCUCGUACCACCUCCUCAAGUUUGACUCCUCGGAAGGAAUGUCCAUCAAAGGAGUUGAUACCAUUGAGCACUAUGUGGAAGUCCUUCGCCAAGUGGUGUACUCUUCCUCCGACACUACUGAGAAGCUGUCCCACACUUUGACCGUGACAUGCACCGAGCUGAACGGACGGUUCCAAAGCAACGAGUACAAGAUCACGGUGAAUGUCCUGCGUAAGUCCAUCAAGCAAGCCAUCCGACCCAACCAUGACAAGGCCGCCCCCCACGCCAACAUCCUCUUCAAGCCCGGCAAGAACACCCUGGAGGAGGAGAUGAAGGAGAAGAUGCCACUGACCAAGCUGGGACAGAUCACCGCAUCCAGUACAGCCAUGACUAUUGUUAUCGUCAUCUGCGUUGGUUUCUUGGUCUUCAUGAUUGUGCUGGGCGUGUUCCGGAUCUACGCCGCCCACCGCGACAGCGCCUACGAUCAGCAGGACUUUGAUUGGGACGACUCAGCCCUCAAUAUCACCGUCAACCCAAUGGAAGGGCCCACUGAGACCCACAUUGGUAUGGAAAGCGAUUCCAGCGACGAUGAUGACGACAGUUGCCAAGACGACCUGGACGACAGCUCCGAGGACGACGACGAAGAUGACGACGAAGAAGAAGACGGAUCCGGAGAAAUCGACGUCGAGAUUAAAGGCACCCAGCUAGAGUGGGACGAUUCCACACUCAAGUUCUAAAAAAAAAAAAAAACCAAUCCGAAAAAUUUAAUUUAAGGCAAAGAUGCAUCCAUCGAUGCAUCUUUAAAUUUUGCUUUUAUUGGACGAGGAUAUUUAACAUCGUAGCGGGUAAACUCAACGUCGGUUGAGCGUAAAUUAUACAACAUUCUAGUGUACAUUUUUAAUAAGAAGACUAUUUCGUGGAAUAAAAAUUGUUACGAUAAGUUUAGCGAGUCUAGUUUUGCCUUUGGUGGGCGACAAGGGAUGUUGUAUAAAUUUUCAUUCAAUUUAUUCCGUUGUGGGUUUUGUGUGCAUGUCAGUUCGGUAGGUUCGGAGGACUUUUUUUUUCUAUUAAAAAAGUUUGUCCGGGAAUAAGCCACCUAUAAUUGAAAAAUCUGCUGCAAAUUUUAAAAAAAUAUUUAAAAAAAUCAUGGACAUGUAAUAAUUGUAUGAUAGAAAUCUUCAAAGGUCAAAGGUCAAUUACAAUGUGCUGCUAGGAACACAUAAUUGCUUAGCACAAAAAUAAGGUUACCAGCUGAAAUGGCCAUGAGAUGUAUACUGCUUUCGGCUGGUUCUCGACUAUUUCUUCGCUGAGCAAGUUAGUUGUGUGCUAAGCAUAAAAUUGUCUUCUCAGCAGCACAAUGCAAUACUUUAUUAUAACGCCAUGCCACUUCAGGGUGCUUUUAUUAUUUGACUUUUAGGAUGUACAAAAAAAAGGACUAAAGUUGGACAGAAAAGUGCUAAUCGCGAUGUAUUCAAAAUGCUUUUUACCGCAUUUUAUUAUUUUAGGUCUGUCCUGUUUUAAUUUUUGAAAUGUUAUUUUUCUUUCAUGAUUUGUUUUGCUCUGAUUUGGACAUUUUUGCCAUUUUUAGUUGCGAUUGCGAACCAUAUUUACAGAUUAGUAGAAACCAAGGAUUUUAUUUUUCUGCUAUGUACAUUUUUAUUUUACUAAAAAAAAAGGGGGGGGGAAGUUGCGGGUGAAAGUCAUUGUGUGCAUCCCCAGUUUAACUUGAAGAAAAUGGAUCUGAAAUUAAGUAUAAAUCGUAAAAUUUUCCAACAGAUUCAAGAAAUCUCAAUAAUCGCAGUUAAAUUUUCAAACAAUGUUCUUUUCUGGUCAACUUUUAGGUAUGCAUUUUUUCAAUCAAGUGGUGCUUUCAGAUGAUCCGAAGAAAAAAAAAAUAAUGAUGCAUGUAAGACAAAAUUGUUGACAGCAAUAUAGAAGCUUAAAUUUUCUUGACCCAAAAGGCAACCGUCAUAUAAACGAGUGGCUUUAACCAAUUCCUUUAUGUGUGGUUUAAUUGUGUUAAAAGUAAAUUUCAUCAUAAAAAAAAAUCAUCUUUGUAAAAUUAAUUUCGGUUUUACAGAGACUUUGAGGGAACCAAAAUACACAGCUUUAAGAACUUGGAACUCAGCAGCCCUGGCAAAAUUUGUUGAAUUUGAAAGUUUUUUUCAAUUCAUGUUUGAGGUUCAAGGGGGAUUUUUUUGGGUUCACUUUUCCAAACAUUUCUAAAUAUUAAAGGAAUAAGCUUUGAUGUAUAAAAAGGAAUAAUAUUAAACAUAUAUAGAAGCGUUUGUAUCUCACCAUGUUUAGUUUUUAGAUUUUUAGUCACAUUUGCACUCCAUACCUGAUAGACGCACACUUUGUUCACUAGCUCAAGUUUUGUGUUGACGUAAAGCAGAAAUUUGUCGGAAAAGUUUUGUGUAAAGAUGUUAUAACCACGAUGUAACAAUUUUGCCACCAAUUUAUCAGUGAAUCUGUUACAUAGUGCAUGCAGUUUUAGAAAAAGAAAAAAUCACCAGAUAAAAAUAAGUUUUUAAGAUUGUUGAAAUAUUUUAAUGAAAAAGAAAUAUGUGUUGAUGGGUUUAACUGUAUAUUUGUAUAAAAAUAAUACUAAUCCCGAUUCAUUUAGCGUCCCAAGUGAUAUGUGGAAAUAAUGUAACAGAAUUUGCACUUAACAAGAAUGAGUAAUUUUCUAUCAAUUACUUUAGUAGUGGAGACCUCAUUAACGUGCACUUUUUUUUAGAUUGUGUUAAGUCAUCGACAGUCUUUUAAUUCGUAGCAUCAGUUCUGCAUGCACUAGAUUUAAUUUGUGUCCAGUUACUAUUUAAAAAAAAUAAAAGCUUGUGCAAUCUUUGCAUUUUUUUUUCUCUUGAAUACGUUCCUGUAAGAGUUUAGACAACACAGUGAUCGAUAGCGGACAAUAUCCAGUGUUGUUGAAAAUUGUAAAAAAAAAAAAUUCCUGUAGAUGGUAUGUCAAUUAAGAAGAAAGAUGUUUAAAAAUUAGCUGUGCGUACAAAUACAUGGUUUUAUAGAUAAAAAAAUAAGCUUUAUUGGUCAUUCGCCACGGUAGAUAACUUUACAAAAAAAAUUGCCAGUUUUCCCCCUGCAGGUUUUUGUAAAAAAUAUGAGUUCAGAUUUGAGGAGGGGUUCAUUUCUCAAAGUAACACCGAUAUUUGUAAAAUUACACUAAUACUAUAAAAUGGAGGAGAAACGAAACAUUUAGCUUGUACAGUCACUGUUUGUUUUAGAGAAGAGUGUACCGUGUCCUAAAUUGCUGGAUAUAUUUUUGUCUUCUGAUAUAAACUUGGUUUGCCAUUAAUUAUAAUAACGUCUGGACACAAUUGGAACACUCCUAAUAACUGUACAGUGUCAGCGCUCUGUGGAUUGAUGUAUUAUAGCUGUAUUCAGGUUACCAGACUUGUAGAAGCACUCAUCGCUGAGGCACAUUAGUCAGAUGCCUGCAAUAAAAUUGGUGGCCAGUCUUGUCAUAUAAGAAAACAAUCAGUGGUGGAACGGCACCAGUCUAAAACUGGUUUCCAAUGCCAACAGAUGCCAAAACAGUAUUUCUGAAAAUGUUUUUAGUUGUCUUGAGAUUAUAUGAGUUUUGCAAACAAAACCUCGGUCUAAACACUAACCAUAGCUGACACAUCUUGAAUUGAGUUCAUCCAAAAAUAUGAAUAAAUUGCAAGACUGGCUUCAAAUUUUUAUUCAAAUCAUUGCACAUCAUGACUUCUAUCUGUACAUGGCUUUUUGUGGCGUUGACUUUAUGUGUUGUAAAAUUUGUCGUAAUCAUUAAUUCCAAUCAGUAUUGAUAUCUCGUGAUUGUGUAUUUUUUAAUAUUAAAAGACCCUAAUUUUUUUUUUCUUGCAAGCUUGCAUAUACCCUGCCACAAAUCAUAAAGGCAAAGCUGAAUAAUCAUAAAACAGAAACCUUAGAAAUACAUACAGCAAUGGCAAAAUGUAUAAAGCGGAGGCCAUAAUGUAGUUUUGAGAUCUGCAAAAUUGAUCUUUUUAAAUCCAUUUUUUUUUUCAGCAUUCCCCGUUUUCUCAUUUUGUUCGGAUUCACUCUCACAUUUUUGAGUAUUUUUAAAUUCGCACAAGCCGUGCUUCUUUAGUUUGCAUACUCGACUGGUAUUGGAUAGUUUUGUGCCCCAUUGCUACCUUUGACCCCUAUUUGCAUAUUCAUGAUGUAAUUCAGAGAGGAAGGCAGAUGAUUGGUUCAGACUAAUUUAAGCUUAUUUAUAUUCAAUGCUUUCUGGUAGUAAUGGGGUUUCAAGUUAUCAAAUAAUAAAUUAUGAAAAUCCUGCCUUUUUAUUUGCUCAAUUUUUUGGACAAUUUUUAAGUCACAGCCACCAAAAAAAAAAAAAUUAUAAUAAAAGAAAAAAAGGUCAAACAUAUGACUUGGGUGAAAUGAUGCAAUUGAUUUAAUUCAUACUUGAACAAAUCUUUAGUCUAUAACCAUAUUUAACUGUCGGUCAAUAUUAAUAGCACUUCUGUGGAAAGGCCGAAAUAUUAAACAAAUUUAUAAAUUAGCACCAUAUUUGGAUUAAGAUUAAUAUGUUGAGAAAUGCUAAACCAAACCUUAACAACCCGUUGUCUAGUUUGGUGUAGUAUUUUUCAUAAGUAAUUAUGCUCUGCAUGUGUAGCUUAUACAUUAACAAAAGCAUUAUUACGGAAAUAUUCUUUCUUUAUGUCUUGUUUUUAAAGUCGCAUUCCUUUUCCGUGAAGUAAUGACGCAUCAUGCAUUCAACCCAUGCUCAAUUAAAACUCCCUCACGCCAUGUGUUUGACUAUUAAAACUUUCCCAAACCGGA